AUGGAUCGACUUCCACAGGAGACGGUUGACAAGAUUAUGGCGCACUUGGACUUCGAGCCCAAAGGCAACUGGGUCGUAAAAAGGAACUGGCUCAGAAAAAAGAUCAAAGAAAACAUCUUCUACUGGGCAAACGUUGCGACCGUUUCCGGAAGGUUCCAGGCCGCCGUCGAGCGCCAGACCUUCCGAUCGAUCAAUUUCAAAAGCUCCGACGACUUUAGCACUUUCAACAAACUCUUCUCCACAGCUCGCCGUCGCCGUGCCCUCCGAGACCUCACAUACCACGUCAUGCUGCCGAAGCGGAUGAGACUUCUUCCCGUCGGAUACGGCGGCGCCGAGAACCAUAAGAGGGCAUACGACUUUUACAGAAAAGUCCGCGACAAUCAGUGGGGAAUCGACGCCGAACUCGACGCUCUUCUGAUGAACGAGAAGGUUGACGGCCGCAUCUGCCACCCCGAUCUUCAAGACUUCAGGCUAGAGGUCAACGAGAAGCUCAUGGAGCCUGUUCUACUCUCCAUGCUGAAGGCUUUAGCCCAAAUGCGGUCAUUCCGCCGGUUGACGCUCUACGCCUACCUCACGAAGUGGCCAUCAUCUCAAGAGAACUGGACCGUCGAGUAUGACGCACCUCACAAGCCCAGCAGUUACGAUCCGGGAAUGUCAUGCUCUGAAGAAACCCACGGAGUAGUUAACCACGCUCGCUUUGUAUUCAAGACACAAAAGUGGCGCCCAUCGAAGGUCUACUGGAAAAUUUUCGUGCGUUUUGAAGGGAGAAGACUGGCUGUGAUGCGAUUUUGUUUGGAUUGGAACCGAAUGACGUGGUAG